AUGGUCUUGUUCACCGGCCAGAUCAUCUUGCUUCACCGCAUCGGCCAUGAAGAGAAAAUUGUCCUUCAAAGUUGGGACCAGACGGAAGAGAAGCUGCACGCUUUGAAGAAACCGUUUGUACCGGCACCGCGGCCUACAUUUGCGGGCAUUCUGAUGGGCGACAACAACGUGCUCCAUGGCCUGGAUGGCAGCCAUUGGGAGGAUGCGGUGACCAACGCCGUCGCGCAGAUUGAGCAACUACACAAGAUCCCGACCAAGGAGGAACUUGACGAGGCUUGUUUU